UCCUCUGCUCCUCUUAGAAGACAGAGAGCCCGUUCUGGCACACUUUGACAAAUGCCAGAAACGUCUGUAUGAGCACUUGGAACAUUAACACUGAAUCAGGCUCAUUCUUUGGAAUUGGGGGUUGGACAUUGUAAAUGUGUGGAAACAAGAACAGCAGAAGGAAGUUUAUAAUAUCUCUACUGUAUCCAGUCAGCUUGAAGCUAUUCACUGUGCCCUUUCAUUUUUAGCAACGUUUAAGCAAAUUGAAACACUGAGCCCAAAGGAGAUGGAUGAAAUUCGUUUAAUUCAGAGCUGGUCUAGGUACAAUGCUAAAGUGCAUACUCUCCAGCAGACUCUGGGGCUUCAUUCAACACAAAAAGCAAAGAAUAAUGGCUGGGAAAAGGGCCAGAGGUGGAGCAGGUACAAUGAUCAAGUGAAUACUCUGCAACAAAAACUUGGACUCCAGUCAUAUGACUUCCAAAGGCGUCAAAUGUUUGGCCAAGCAUCUACUCCACUUACACCUACAGCUUCAGCAGCAGCGUUUCUGCCCAGUAAGCAGUAUACGACUGGACGGGCCCUGUCAAAGGAGGUUCUGAAAUACUUUGGCCCUAGAGCACAUGAAACAAUGAUACAGAGUUACUGUGAAGGUACUGCACACCGUGCUGCUGUUUCUCCUCCAGGCCAAAAGAUGAUUGACAGAAUUUUGAUCAGAAGAAACAAUGCACGAGCAGAACAGCAAAAAAACAAUGAUAAAGCUCUCAGAAAACUGAACAAGGACAAAGAGCGUUUAAGUAAAGCAAUUAAGACUUUGGAAAUGCAGAAUGAAUUCUUCAGAAAUGAAAGAACCAAUGUCUUUCAGCCCGAGACACCCCCUGCAGAGCAACGUCCAACUGACCCCAGGAAAAAAAAUCAAAUCAUAAAGCCAGCUGGGACUGACCUUCUAAAAAACGUUGACAUGGAUUAUUUAUUUCUUGAUGAAGUAGUAGAGGAAGUUAUGAACAUCCAUUUAUCUCUUGCGCCCAGACAGAUGUCUCCAGUCACAGAAAAAAAGCAUAAAAAGGUCAUGUCAGAAUUGUUUAUGGAUCGGGCUGUCCAGCUGAUUAUGGAGGAAAUCAUUCUUGAGACAACGGUGCAGAUGGCUAAGCACCUUGCAACUGAUGCUAUCAAGAGAAUCUCCUUGAGUACAGAAUUUGCCUCCCAAUUCUAUUCUACAAAGGUUCAAGAUUAUUUAAAAGAAGCCAAACCCUUACAUUUUUGAGUUUGUAUAAGUGUCUUUAUAGUGUUCUGUAAAAUGUAUAUUCAUAAAUGUUUACAAUAAACCAUACAUUUUUUUUUUAUUAUAAA